CAGAAAAAAACGCGUGAAGUAAUAUUUUCUAGCUUAUGUUUCAGAAACCGGAAGAGGCGGGGUGUGUUUCCACACGAGCACAAUAGCGUGUAGCAAACAGAGGAAAACUUUGAUGAAACGAGCCGCCUGCUGGCUGAGCGGAAAUGUCGGAGUUAAGCGACGAGGCCAGCGAGUCGGAGCAGCUGGGGGCCAGCCUGUCCCUCUGGCUGGGGGACUCCCUGCUGCGACCCGAGGAGCUGGACCUCCCCCUGGACCUCCACACAGCCUGCUCCAUCGGCCAGUACGACGUGGUGGCUGAGUGCAUUAAAAAGCGUGAGGUGGACCUGGAUGGGAAGAACAUGGGAGGAUGGACCCCGCUCAUGUAUGCUGCUUACAUCGGCCAUGACAACAUCACCAACCUGCUGCUGGAGGCUGGAGUAAACGUGAAUGCAAGCACACCUAAAGGCCUCAGCCCUCUGAUGCUGGCAGCCAGCUGCGGCAACGAAAGCAUCGCCUACUUCCUGCUGCAGCAAGGCGCAGAUCUGGAGCUGAGGGACGCCAGAGGCUGGACGGCCCUGUUCCACUGCACCAGCACCGGCCACCAGCAGAUGGUGAAGUUCCUGCUCGACAACAACGCCGACGCCAACGUAAAGGAGCCUGGGUCGGGGUUCACCCCCCUGAUGGAGGCCGCGGCUUCCGGACACGAAAUCAUCGUUCAGUACCUGAUGGACCACAAAGUGAAGGUCAGCGAGCGUAACGCCAAGGGAGAGACGGCCCGGGCGCUCGCCGCCAUGUACGGCUACACCAAGAUCGUCGGCCUCAUCGACUCGCGGUCUCACCGAAUAAAACCAGGACACUUCGAAGACCUGAGCUCCUCGGAGGAUUCGGACAGCUCGCCGCCGAGGGCCCGGCCCGGCCGCAGCCGAGUCAAAGGCGUCAGCAUCCACGACGGGCCUCAGGCCAUCGCCAAGUUCCGCGUUGGAGGCGGGAGCAGAGCGGCCGAGCCUCCUGCCGCCGCCGCGCCGAGACGAACGCCGUCCCGCGACGCCGGAGAGCGGAGCGAGAUCUGCUGCCGGGACGUGACGUCGCCGAUCAACGAGCUGGACGUCCAGAGCCACAGCAGCAGAGACGACAGCCCGUUCUUUGAGAACGACAUGCCCACCAUGAGGAGCAGCAGCAGCAGCAGCGACGGCCCGCCUCCUGCCGUGGGACUCGGCUGGGAGGGAUCGGUGGAGAGCAACGAGGACUCGGACCAGAACCAGAGAGCAGCUGUCGCCGGCAGAACAAGGCUCCACCACGGGAAGGGAAAGGCGCGGCACGGCGAGGCGGCGCUCCCCCCGGCGGUCCUCCGGCUUCUUACGCCGGGCCAAAGCCCGUUUUCCCUGCAGGAUCUGGCAGAAUUCCUGGAGCAGAUCGGCUUCUCCAAGUACCUGCCGCUGCUGGAGGAGCAGGACAUCGACCUGCGGCUCUUCCUCACGCUGACGGAGAACGACCUGAAGGAGAUCGGGAUCACGCUGUUCGGACCCAAACGGAAGAUGACCUCGGCCAUCGCCAGGUGGCACAGCGGCGCGCCGCCGCCCAGCGACGCUCUGGAGCAGGCCUACGCCGACCAGCUGGAGGCCGAGAUGCAGGAGAUGGCCAUCCAGCUCCACAAGCGCUGCGAAGAAAUCGAGGUUCUGCAGAGCCAGGUGUCCCAAGAGAAGGAGCUGCGGACGGUGAUGGAGGGAUGCCUGAUGGAGGACAAGAUGGCCUGGAAGAAGGUCCAGUCGGAGCGUGAGAACCACAGGCUGGCGCAGGACAUCGGCGACCUGGCCAAGGAGCGGGUCUGCCGGGCCCAGCUGCUGUCCUGCUGCGUGGCGGAGGGGCGGGGGCGUGGAGGACAGGAAGGUUCUGGAGGUUGGAGGUGGGUGUUGAUGCCGCUGGUUUGA